AUGGCCGAUGAUAGUACUCAUUUUAUUGAUCAAUGUCGUUUGCACUUCUCUCGAAAUCCUGGCGCUCUGAAGCUAAUUGGCGAUUUCAAGAAAAACCAUGCCUCUAUCUUCCCACUAUCGUGUUACACACGUGAUGAUUUUAUCUACCGUAUUGUUAAUCGAGCCCUUCGCCGACAAAUUAUUGAAGGCACGUUAGACCUUCGUUUUUUUCUUCGUAAAGUUCACAAAGAAUUGCAGUCUGCUUAUGCUUGGUUUGAAUCCCAUUAUACCGUUCGACAAUGA